UGAUAAUUAUGUUUGUUAGAGCUCUUCGUCUCAUAAACCCAAUGGGAUUCUAAUGUAGAACCUUCAGAUUCUGCUCAACUACUUAAAACAAGGAGUUAUUAGAAGAAGUCACUGCUAAAGUGUUGCAAGUCAUGAAAUCUGCUGCAAAAUGCAAAGUUGACAAAUUAUCAGAUAAAGUAAAAAGAUUUCAUAUGUAGGCUACAUUCGAAGAGUUGGGAUUUGAUUCCUUAGAUGCAGUUGAAAUGGUUGUAGCUCUGGAAGAGAAUUUUGGAUUUGGUAAUAAUUUCAACAAAUGAAUUUAUUAGAUAUAUAAAAUGAAGAAGCUGAAAGAAUCAAGGGAGUGAGCGAGGCAAUUGCUGUAUUCUAUAAAUAUGUUGUUCAGAGGAACUCAACUUCAGUUAAAUAAUGAUUAAUAAUCAAUUAAAC